GAGCAAUCAUAGUGAGCUUCCUAGAACUCUUCACUUUCCACUUUUCUAAUUCUCCUACUUCCUUCAAUCUUCCCCUGCCAUGUGUCUUACGUAAUUGGCUUUCAUAUUGACUGUCUCUGCUCUCUGUCCAAACUUCGGAGACACAAAACGCGCAGACCAAGUCGUCGACCACAGACGACGGAGACAGACGCCAUGAGCAAUUGAGCACAGCCCAAGAACACCUUCCUCUCUCUGCUUUUACUCCGAUCUUAGCUUCUCUUGAGUGAUUCAAUCAUACCCUUUUUGUUACAGAGGGAGCUAUGGAGUCUGAUCACCUUCCCCCGAUUAAAGGUGUGGUCAUUAUUUCACUUCCACCUCCAGAUAAUCCUUCUUUAGGCAAAACUAUCACUGCUUUUACUCUCACUGAUGAUGAUCACUAUCCACAUUCUUACCAAUCCCAUCAAGAUUACCAGCUUCCAGUCCAAUCUUCACCGCCGCCGCCGCCCCAAAACCCCCAAAUUCAGUUAUCGUCUUCAAAAUUCUUUCUUGGUAUACCUAGAAAGCUCUUGGGCAUUGUGUGUAUCUCUCUGUUUGCUCUUAUGCUUUAUAGGUCUGUCUUUUCAAGUACCCUUCAGGAAUUGGAGGCUUCUGAUGAUGAUCAAAAGCCUAAGUCUUUUAUCUUUCCCUUGUAUCAUAAAUUUGGAAUUCGUGAGAUUUCGCAGAUUGAUCUUCCACAUAAAUUGGUGAGGUUUGUCUAUAAGGAGAGUCUGGUGACUCCAGGUGAUGAUGCUAUUGGUCCCCAAAAGAAUAGCAAGUUAGCUUCUUUAACUACUGCUGCUGCUGCUGUGGAUUCAUCUUCCAUUUUGCCCGUCAGGGGCAACGUUUUUCCAGAUGGAUUGUAUUUCACAUACAUGCUUGUUGGGAGUCCUCCAAGACCUUACUAUCUCGAUAUUGAUACUGCAAGUGAUUUAACAUGGAUUCAAUGUGAUGCUCCUUGCAGUAGCUGUGCCAAGGGAGCAAAUGCUUUGUACAAGCCAAGAAAAGACAACAUCGUAACACCCCGAGACUCAUUAUGCAUGGAACUUAAAAGAAAUCAGAAUGCAAGGCAUUGUGAAACAUGCCAACAAUGCGACUACGAGAUUGAAUAUGCAGAUCAUAGCUCCUCCAUGGGAGUUCUUGCAAGAGAUGAACUUCGCCUGACGGUGGCAAAUGGAUCUUCAACUGAAUCAAAAUUUAUUUUUGGGUGUGCAUAUGAUCAGCAAGGCUUACUUUUAAACACUUUGGCAAAGACAGAUGGGAUCCUUGGACUAAGCAAAGCCAAAGUUAGUUUACCUUCUCAAUUGGCAAGCCAGGGGAUCAUAAACAAUGUGGUAGGUCAUUGUCUUACCAACAAUGUAGGCGGCGGCGGAUAUAUGUUCUUAGGUGACGAUUUCGUUCCACGCUGGGGUAUGGCAUGGGUUCCUAUGCUCAACCGUCCUUCCACAGACUCUUAUCAGACAGAGAUUAUGAAGUUGAAUUAUGGAAGCAGCCAACUCAGUCUAGGUGGGCAGGAUAGAAGAGUAAGAGGGGUAGUGUUUGAUAGUGGCAGUUCUUAUACAUACUUCCCAAAAGAAGCUUACUCUGAAUUGGUUUCAUCUGUUCAAGAGGUGUCCGGGAAGGGACUUAUCCGAGAUACAUCAGAUCCAACACUGCCCUUCUGUUGGCGAGCCGAAUUCCCUAUCAGAUCCGUUGCAGAUGUUAAGCAGUUCUUCAAGACUUUAACCCUUCAAUUUGGGAGCAAAUGGUGGAUUAUUUCCACAAAGUUUCGCAUUCCUCCAGAAGGCUAUUUGAUUAUUAGUAAUAAAGGCAAUGUGUGCUUGGGCAUUCUUGAUGGAAGCAUGGUGCAUGACGGAUCCACAAUUAUACUUGGUGAUAUAUCAUUGCGUGGGCAAUUGGUGAUAUAUGAUAAUGAGAACAAGAAAAUUGGGUGGAUGCCAUCAAAUUGUGUCAAGCCAACAACAUUCCAGAGCCUGCCUUUCUUUGAGGGUUAGAUCCUUAUAUAUAUAUAUAUAUAUAUUUUUGUACAUUGAUAGUUCAGCUUCUACUUUGUUAUUUACUUGUUUGGCAUAUAAUAUAAUUAAAAUGCAAUGUAAUUAAGUGAAAUUUUAGUUUGUAAUAGUACUUCAAGUUUUAUUUAAUUACAUUUAUCAGGCA